GAGGGGCGGCGGCGGCAGCAGCAGGCGGGAGCACCUCGGCGGAGCCAUGCCGGCUGCGCGCGUGGAGUACGUCGCGCCCUGGUGGGUUGCGUGGCUGCACAGCGUCCCGCACCUGGGCCUGCGCCUGCAGCCGGUGGACAGCACCUUCAACCCCCGCGAUGAGAGUUACCGGGAGUCACUUCUGUUCCUGGGGCUGGUGGCCGCCAUCUGCCUGGGCCUCAACCUCAUCAUCCUCGCGACUUAUGUGGUCUGCGUGUGCUGCUGCAGGCAGGACGAGGCCGUGCAGACCAAGCGGCGGGACUCCUGCUGUGUUACCUGGACGGCGGUGGUGGCCGGGCUCAUCUGCUGUGCCGCGGUGGGCGUUGGUUUCUAUGGAAACAGCGAGACCAAUGAUGGGGUGUACCAGCUGAUCUACUCCUUGGACAACGCGAACCACACCUUCUCCGGGAUAGAUGAACUGGUGUCUGGAACCUCCCAGAAGAUGAAGGUGGACCUCGAGCAGCACCUGGCCCGGCUCAGUGAGAUCUUUGCCGCCCGGGGCGAUUAUAUCCAGACGCUGAAGUUUGUGCAGCAGAUGGCGGCCAACAUCCUGGUCCAGCUCUCGGGGCUGCCCGUGUGGAGGGAGGUCACCACAGAGCUGACCGAGCUGGCCGACCAGACUGGCUACAUGGAAUACUACAGGUGGCUUUCCUACCUCCUGCUCUUCAUCCUGGACCUGGUCAUCUGCCUCGUCGCCUGCCUGGGACUGGCCAGGCGCUCCAGGUGUCUCCUGGUCUCGACACUGUGCUGUGGGGCGCUGGGCCUGUUCCUCAGCUGGAUGUCUCUCGCUGCUGACAGCGCAGCCGCUGUGGGCACCGGUGACUUCUGCUCCGAUCCCGACACCUUCCUCCUGAACAUCACCGAGGGCCAGGUCCGCCCAGAAGUGACCCGUUACUACCUCUACUGCGGUCAGAGUGGAAGCAGCCCCUUCCAGCAGGUGCUAACCGUCUCCCAGCGCUCGCUCACCACCAUGCAGAGCCAGGUGGCCGGCCUGCUGCAGUUUGCCGUGCCUCUCUUCCCCACGGCCGAGAAGGACCUGCUGGGAAUCCAGCUCCUGCUGAACUCCUCCGAGUCCGGCCUCCACCAGCUGACGGCCAUGCUGGAUUGCCGAGGGCUGCACAAGGAUUACCUGGACGCCCUUAAUGGCAUCUGCUAUGAUGGCAUCGAAGGCUUGCUGUACCUCGCCCUCUUCUCCCUCCUGGCUGCCCUGGCCUUCUCCACCAUGAUCUGUGCAGGACCGAGGGCCUGGAAACACUUCACCACGAGGGACAGAGACUACGAUGACAUCGACAGUGACGACCCGUUCAACCCCCAGGCCCGACGCAUGGCAGCUCACAACCCACCCCGGGGGCAGCUCCGCAGCUUCUGCAGCUACAGCAGCGGCCUGGGCAGCCAGACCAGCCUGCAGCCCCCGGCUCAGACCAUCUCCAACGCCCCAGUCUCGGAGUACAUGAACCAGGCCAUGCUCUUCGGCGGGAACCCACGCUACGAGAACGUGCCCCUCAUUGGAAGAGGCUCCCCUCCUCCCACGUAUUCUCCCAGCAUGAGGGCCACCUACCUGUCCGUGGCGGACGAGCACCUGAGACACUACGGCAAUGACUUUCCAGCCUAACGCACUUUUCUGCAGAGGUUCCUGCCUCCUUCAUCCGUUCUGGUUUUUAACAAAUCCCGGCACAAGCUGUGUUUCUUUAAUAGAAACCAAAGGCAUCUGGAGGCCGGGGGCAGGACCGCGGGAUGGGCAGGCUGCCCCCGCGCAUCAGCGAUUCAGGGAGAAUCCACCUGAGCUCGGCUGAGAUGCCUGACCCAAGGCCCCGGCAGAGAGAAGACCCAUGACCCCGGGCCGGCCUCUCCCUCUUCUGCCCUCCU